GAUGACCGUGGUUUGAUGAAAAUGGAACGUUGCUCCUUUUUGAAACCCUUCACUCAUCUUCAGAAAAUAGCAGAAGGUAAAGACAUCCCUCCACACAGCUUGGAGCCUUAUCCUUUCAAGGACCCAUUGGAUGGGCAACAAUUUCCACUGUAUCGCUACACGGGCCCGGCCAAGUUGUUUAACGACAAGCAGCAUGAGAGUUAUGGCGUACUAGGCCUUCUCAGAAGUGCUCCAAGAGCCGUGAACCCGUUCUCAAAGACGCAAGUGUACGCUGCUAUUCUACUGAAUGUCAAGAGCACAGUGGAAAAGGGCGUGUUCUACCGUCCAUGGCCCUGCUGGGAAGACUUACGCUUCAAUGAUGACUGCGACAAAGAGGGUCUGUGGGUUGUGAAGUGUAACCGUUACCAUUUUCUCAAAGUGCAGUACAAUGACUGGAUCGACAGCUUAGCUCUCCCAAGCAUCUUUGAGUGGACAGAUGAUUGCACACUAGAAGAAAGGCCAGAUGCAAGGCUUAAAGAACUACCUGAAGAUUUCGAGGAGGGCAUUAUCCUGGAACAUCUUCGCAAAUUUGUCAACUCCAAGGGCCCUGAAAAAUGUUUCAUGGGAAGCAUCGGAUAUGACCAACAAGAGGGUAAUGAAGACCCGGUCUCUCCUGCAAGAAUUGUUCAACAGAUCGAGGAAAAGGAGGAAGCUUUUGUCGAUGGAACUGCGGUUGUUAUUCUUUCCUAUUCUGUUGCAAAUCGGAGAUUUAAGGAUAUUCUGGAUCUGAAUGCAAAAUUUUGCAGCACUAAAGAAAAGUUUCUGCUCGUCACAAGUGCAAAGGAAGUAGCUGAAGAAUGGCCUCAAGUGACGGUAGCCACCAUACCAAAGUUGAUUUGCUGCUGCCUCGAAAUGAGAGCAAGAAACGCUCAAUUUGCAAUUUUCUCUGCUGCUGAUCCGAGGAGACAUACUUUGCGCUACAUUCUGAUUGAAGCAUCGUUCCCACAAGACAAGGAAACUAAUGAAGAAGUCCUGACCUCCAUCACACAGGAAAGCAACCAUAAGAACAACCAGGUGCACAUCAAAGACGAGCCAAAUAUGGAGGGAAGUUCCAUAUCCGAAAGUGUGCAAAACACAAGUAGUGAGAGUAUAGGCCUAAAAGGACCCCUUCAAGAAUCACCUGAUGACUCCGUUUCAAGCAAAAGGUUCCGUCAGCAAGACGACUUGAUGUCCGCUACUGGUGCAGAGCAACUGAGUUACGGUCCAUACAUUCCACAAAAUGACAGAGAGGGCGAUGUCUCUGUCAAAAAAGAAAGGGAAAAAGACAUAUCCGUUUUGAACAUUAAAGAGAAUGGAUGCACUCUUGAAACCUCACAUGCGGAAACUAUGCGCAAGGGGAAGAGCAAAGUCAAAAGAUCGAAGACUGAGUCACUCGCUGAAAGACCAAAGCACAAAAAGAAAAGCAAACAUGCGAUCUUUAAAGGUCACGACUCCACGUCAGUGGCACAUCGGCAAGAAACGUUAAGUGAAACGACGGAGAGCAAUAGAAGCGUAGCGUCAACUAGUGAGCCUGGUUUAGAAGAAAGAGAGAAAAAUAUGAAGAAGGCGCCGAAAAACAAAAACGGACGCCCGAGCAGCAUCUCAGUAGCGUCAGAAGAUGACGAGAUGAUGACAACGGUGGACAACGUGUUGUUUGCUGAAGCUGAUGACGAUGAAAGCACUGAUGUCGAUGAUGCCAGUAACGUCAGCACUGCCAGCGAAGGCCAAGACGUUUUGUUUUCAAAAGGUGGAUCCAGAAAUAAGGUCCCUCUUAACAUCCCCGCAUAUAUGGAAGGAACCAAUCGUAUCACGGAAAUUAUCGUGGAUCUCUGGCGGGAAUACAAAGAAAUUCAGGGGUAUACCAAAACUCAAAUUCAGGAAAGAGGAAGUAGCGAUCUUUCUACUGAUGAGGUUUGCAGCAGACUUAAGGAUUUUACCGUUGCUGAGUUGAAUGUAUCCGAUGAAAAAGGGUACACCGCCCUCCUAAAAGCCUGCUCCAUGCCUUCUAUGAGCCCUCAUGUGAUGCAGCACCUCAUCACUACAAGAAAAGUAGACCUCAACUGUAAGCUGCCUCUUGAUUUUGACAGGCACCACUCAACAGCCAAGAAAUUGGUUCCAGGAAUGUCCGCUUUGUCCGUGGCGAUCAGAAGCGGAAAUAUAAAAUCGGUUCCGACUUUCAUGACACGGCCAGGAAGCAUUGAUGUUCGAAGUGCUGACCAUGACGGAAACACUGCCUUACAUUGCUGUGUUCUUUCGUAUUCUAAAACUUCCUUCCUGAAACUGUUUCCCCUUUUCAAGCCGCUGGAAUGGAGAGAGAUGCGCAACAGCAAAGGAAUGAAUCCUCUGGAUGUAUGUGUUGCAGAGAUAGAAUCGCGAAGACAAACUAAAGGGAAGGAAAAAUCUUUCGAAUACCUUGAAUACAUGCGUGAAGAAAUGGAAAGGAGUUCUGCUUAGAGUUAGCAAACAUGAGGUGGUUAGCAGACCUGGAGUGAUGUCCUGUCAGUGAUUACUGCAUUCGUUUAAUAAGUGGAUUGCCGCUGGGAUUGGAAAGCACUGUCCAUACAGUGAUGAGCUGUCCUCAUCCAUUCCAUUGUACAUCAGUAAAAAACAACAUCAGGUCAAAUGCUGUCAGAAGCUAAAGCAACUGGCGGAUGGCAACAUUGGUAGAAGUCACAACUAGACAAAAUGAGUGCUUUGUUUUUUUAUUGUUAAUCUAGAUUUUGCAUGUAAUCUUUGGAACACAUUGAUGAUUUCCAGUCUGCACUGUGCAGUCUCAGCACCCUAAUGUUUAUAAACAUAAAUCUCACUCGAUGAAAUGUGAAUUGAUGUUAUUGGUACAAACCACAUACCUUAUCUUUGAGGUCUUUGAAAUUCUUUUCCAACUGCUUCAUUGAUUUUUACAGUUGCGAAGUUGUUUCAGUUUGUGAUAUGAGAAAGAACGAAACAUAAAGGUUCGCGUCCAUAUUAGUAAUGGCGGUUGACAUGAAACUUUGAAUUUACUUAAUGUAAGUAAAUGCAAAAUGUUCACAAUUUGUGACGUCAUA